AUCGCAAAUGUAAACUUCGAAAGAACUAGACGAGCUCUCUACAAAAAGUCAUAUAAAUACUGAAAUAUCUUUGAUGCAGAGUUAAACUCGUAGGAGUCCGAUUAACAAUACUAUUUACGUGGCAUGGAUAUAUUGCAUACAUUUUUCUCAUCGUAAUCAAACCGAAACCAUGUAUUGAAAAAUAAACAUAAUUUCUGGAUAUUUUCUUCAUUGAAAGGAAGAGCAAAUGAUAUGGCAUCUGCUAAGGUUUCGAAAGAAAAGUUAAGAAGGUCUGGCUCAUUGAAGAAAGAAAAGGAACCACCACCCUCUAUUAAGGCACCCACAGAUGACCAGUUUAAAUUGUCUGAUUUGGAUAUACUCGAAACACUAGGAACGGGUACUUUUGGCAGAGUUGUGCAGGCCAGACAUAAAAAGACAAAAGAUUAUUACGCUCUUAAAGUGAUGACAAUAUCAGAGGUUAUUCGAUUAAAACAAGUGGAACACGUCCUUAGUGAGAAAAAUGUACUUGCUCAACUUCAACAUCCCUUCAUAGUUACACUGUUUUGGUCGUAUCAUACAAACACCUUUCUUUACAUGCUACUGGAGUUCGUCCCAGGAGGCGAGCUAUUCUCAUAUUUACGGAACGCUGGACGUUUCAAUAGUGCGACAUCACAAUUCUAUUGUUGUGAAAUAGUUUGUGCGUUAGAAUACUUACAUAGUAAAUCGAUUAUAUAUAGAGACCUUAAACCAGAGAAUCUCCUACUAGAUCGAGAAGGACAUUUAAAAAUAACUGAUUUUGGAUUUGCGAAGGUGUUAAAGGACAGGACGUGGACUUUAUGUGGGACGCCCGAGUACCUGGCACCAGAAAUUAUCCAGAGUAAGGGCCAUAAUAAAGCAGUUGAUUGGUGGUCGCUAGGAAUACUACUCUACGAGAUGCUGAUUGGAUAUCCUCCAUUCUUUGAUGAUAAUCCAUUUGGUAUUUAUGAGAAGAUUCUUGCAGGGAAGAUAGACUGGCCAAGACACAUGGAUCCAGUAGCCAAAGAUCUGAUAAAGAAACUCCUGGUGCUUGAUAGAACUAAAAGACUAGGCAAUAUGAAGAAUGGUGCUGAGGAUGUGAAGAAACAUAAAUACUUUAAGAGUAUAACCUGGGAAGAUGUCAAAGCCAAAAAACUGAAGCCCGCUAUUAAGCCAAACAUCUUACAUGAAGGGGACUGCGGAAACUAUGCCCCUCAGGACUAUGUUAUGAGCAAAUAUGCUGAACAUUUUGAAGAUCUUGCCCCAAUAAUCCCGAAUAUUCUUCAUGAUGGGGAUGCGCAUAAUUUUGACGAAUAUCCUGAAAAUGACUGGCAAAAAUCAGCAGCUGUUUCCGCAGAGGAUCUGAAACCAUUUGUUGGAUUUUAAAAACCAUAGAUGUGCAUAUAAUAGAUUCAUGU